UUUGAUUUCCAGCAUUCACAACAUGGCUCACGACAGUCUGUAAAUCCAGCUCCAGUGGAUCCAACACCCUUUGUGGUCUCUUUGGGCACUGGGUACACAUGUGGUACAAAGACAUUCAUGCAGGCAAAACACCCACACACAUAAAAAAAAUUUUAAAUGGAGGGAAAGCCCACAAUCUUUUCCAAUAGAUAUAUAACCCCUGCCCUUUGCAAUGAUAACCUGUUCAUAGAAUGUACAAUGGCAAAUGUAGCUCUAUGGACCUGGUGUGGUGUGGUGGCACAUGCCUUUAAUUCUAGUACUUGUGAGGCAGAGGCAGGUGGAUCUCUCUGAGAUUUGAUGCUAGCCCAACCUACAUAGGGAGUUCCAGUACAGCCAGGGCAACAUAGAGAAACUCUGUUCUUAAAAAAUAAUUAAUUAAUCAAUCAAAAAGUAUAUAUAGUAAAAAAAAAAUUGACUAAUUUGUAUAUUAAAGUAGGCAAUCACGCUCUUUCCUUUUGCGGCCAUUGCUGGAUCGCAGCCGCAAAAAUGAAGUUCAAUCCCUUUGUGACUUCGGACCAAAGCAAGAACCACAAACGGCUGAGGCAGAAGUACAACGUUCGGUCUAUGUCCAUUCGAAAGGAUGAAGAAGUUCAGGUUGUCCAAGGACACUACAAAGGCCAGCAGAUUGGCAAAGUGGUCCAAGUGUACAGGAAGAAAUACGUCAUCUGCAUCGAACGAGUGCAGCGAGAAAAGGCUAACAGCACAACCGUCCAUGUGGGCAUCCACCCCAGCAAGGUGGUUAUCACCAGGCUAAAGCUGGACAAAGACCACAAAAAAAUCCUGGAAAGGAAAGCCAAGUCUUGACAAGUUGGAAAGGAGAAGGGCAAAUACAAGGAAGAAACGAUUGAGAAGAUGCAGGAGUAGGGGUGUGUCCUACACAGCUUUCAUUAAAGACUGCUUAAAAAAAAAAAAAAAGGUAGGCAAUCACUCAUGGCUGCUGUGAUAGGAGAAAUGGUUUGAUUGUUGCCCAUGGUUCUUAUACCUGGUUCAGGCCAUAGAAACUAGAACCUCCCCGCCCCCCCAGAGGGUUUUUUGUGUAGUUUUGGUGCUUGUCCUGGAUCUCUCUGUAGACCAGGCUGGCCUUGAACUCACAGAGAUUCGCCUGCCUCUGCAUCCCGAGUGCUGGGAUUAAAGGCAUGCGCCACCACCGCUCAAGCAGAAACUAGAACUUUUGCUGGCUGACCUGAGGCAUAGAACUGUCCUGUAUUGGAGCUGCCAUAAAGCAAUAUUCUGGCCUACCUUACUUGAUAGUAGAUGAUGAGAGUUCCAUUUGGGAAGAGGUCCUGCCCCAUUCCUGGGAGGUAGGAAUGCUGCCAAGGGACCAGGAAGACUGAACGAGGCCUGGCUGGACUGCACUGCAGUGUGUUAGCAUCGUACAUGCAAGGAAAUCUGUUUGAAAGCCCCAAUCGAGUUUGAGGCUCUAGGUGCUAAGCCAGUGGAGAGGCUCCUGGGACACCGGGACCCUCUGUGCUCCUUCCCGCUCGUGCAUCUUUCCCACCGGCCUCUUUGUAACACCCGUUUACAACAUUUUACUUUCAGGACGAGUGUUCUGUCUGCCUGUGCGUGUCUGUGCAGAUAUAAGUGCUGGUGCCCAGAGGACAGAAGAAGGGGCAGGUCCCCUGGAACUGGAGUUACAGACAGUUGUGAGAUGCCACAUGGGUGUCAGGAAUCAAACCUGGAUCCUCUGUAAGAGCAGCUAGUACUUUUAACCAUUGAGCCAUCUCUCCAGAACCACCUCUCACCAGGUCAAUAAAUCUCAGGGGAAAAAAAAAAAAAGAAGACAAAGAGGAGGAGGAAGAAGCAGCAGAAGCAGCCAGGCAUGGUGGUGCACACCUCUAUCCCAGCACUCCUGAGAAAGAAGCAGGCGGAUCUCUGUGAGCUCCAGGCCAGUCAGGUCUAUAUAGUGAGAUCCUGCUCAAACAAAACAGCCAAUGCUAAAACUGGUAGAGUGGCCUGUGAACAUUUCCCCAUAGCUGUUACAUGAUGUCACAGGCUACUUUAACUAGCAAACAACCACAAGUAGAACUAAAACUUCCUAGUGUGAGGUUUUCAAGACGCCAUUCUUAGGGACUAGCAAGAUAAUUCAUUGGGUGAAGAUUUUACUGCCAAGCCUGACCACCUGGGUUCAAUCCCUGGAAUCUACAUGGAGGAAGGGGAACCAACUCUGAGAAGUUGGCCUCUGAGCUCCAUACAUGUGCCACAGUGCACGAAUGUGUGCAAGUGUGCACCCACACAAGCACACACACACACCACAAGUGUGGUUGUUGUUUUUUAAUUAGCCAUUUAUU